CCCGCGUUUAUCCAUCAUCAGCCGCUGGACAUCCGGGUCGUUUCCACGUCUCGGCCGUUACGACAGAUGCUGCCGUGCGUGUGUGUGCACAAGCGUCUGUAUGUGCAGAGACAAUGCUGAAGGGAAUGGCAAGGCUAACCUCCAGGGUCCGUAAGGUGGACCCUGGACACUUCUUGUGCACGGAGACCAAGGUGGCCCAAAGCCUCGCCACCCACCAGGGUGGCCAGGUCCCAGCGGAGCGGCCCCGAGCGCUGUCCCGCACCAGCGAGAAUGACCCAGCCAGGCACGAGGAGCAGCACGAGGGCCAGCACUACCGCGUCCCCCUCCAGGACCUGGAGACGGUGUUCUCCCACGGCCUGCCGCCCCGGUUUCGGAUGCAGGUGAAGACGUUCAACGAAGCCUGCCUGAUGGUGCGGAAGCCGGGCCUGGAGCUUCUGCGGCACCUCAGAAACUCCGACUUCAGCCGGCCCGCUGUGCGGUACCUCCUCUAUGGGGAGAAGGGGACGGGGAAGACCCUCAGUCUCUGCCACAGCCUCCACUUCUGUGCGACACAGGGCUGGCUGACGCUGCACGUCCCGGAUGCUCAUCUUUGGGUGAAAAACUGCCGGGAGCUUCUGCAGUCCACCUACAACAAAGAGCGCUUCGAUCAGCCGGUAGAGGCGUCCACCUGGCUGAAGAACUUCAAGACUGCAAACAAGCGUUUCCUGAGUCAGAUAAAAACCCAAGAGAAGUACGUCUGGAACAAGCGGGAAAGCACAGAGAAAGACAGUCCGCUGGGAGAGGUGGUCGAGCAGGGCAUAACGCGGGGCAGGAACGCCACGGACGCCGUGGGGGUCGUGCUGAAGGAGCUGAGGGGGCAGAGCGCGGCCGGGGCCUUCCGCCUCCUGGUGGCAGUGGACGGUGUCAACGCGCUCUGGGGCAGGACCACGCUGACGAGAGAGGACAGAAGCCCGAUUGCGCCGGGGGAGCUGGCACUGGUUUGCAGCCUGAGGAAGAUGGUGCGGAAUGACUGGAGCGGAGGUGCCAUCGUGCUGACUCUGAGCCAGACCGGGUCUGUCUUCAAGCCCCGGAAAGCCCAUCUGCCCCAGGAGCUGCUGGGAGAGGAAGGAUUCGAUGCCCUGGACCCCUUCGUUCCCAUCCUGGUCCCCAGCUAUAACCCGAAGGAGUUCGAGAGCUGCAUCCAGUAUUACCUGGAGAACGACUGGCUGCAGCACGAGAAAGCGCGCACGGAGGAGGGCAAGCGGGAGCUGCUGUUCCUCAGUCACUCGAACCCGGGGCAGCUGGAGCGGCUCUGUGCCCACCUCUGAGCCCGGCCACACACGAGGACGGUGAGCGCGUCGAGGGACCGGCCGGCCCGGGCGGCCCCACAGGACGCGCGGUAGGCGGCUCCCGCCGUCGCUGGAGUGGGUUCCUGGCGAAGUGACCGUAAAGGCCGUGAGACGGGCCCUCGGGCCCACAGCCGGCGCCGGUUCAUUAAACGUGGUCCUCGCACCCUGA